UAUAUAUAUAUAAUCCAACCAUUUAAACCACGUCUCCAUAUACUUCUCUCUCUCUCUUCUCUCUCUCUAACUAUUCAUUUAUUGUUAAGCUUCAAACAUUGUCCAAGAUUUCUGGGUGAAUAAAAUAUUUGAUACAAAUCUUCAAGUUUCAUUCCUCUAAUUUGUUCUUUGGAAAGUCACAAGAAAAUUUUUCCGGCAAAUUUUUGGGAGUUUAUUUUUUUUUAAGACAACGAAGAGAGAAAUAUGGCCGGAGGAGGUGGUGGAGGAAGAAAUUUGGAGCAAACGCCGACAUGGGCAGUUGCCGUGGUUUGCUUUGUCUUGGUUUCAAUAUCAAUUGUCAUCGAGCAUAUCAUUCAUCUGAUUGGACAGUGGUUGAAGAAGAAACACAAAAGAGCUCUAUAUGAAGCACUGGAAAAGAUCAAAUCAGAGCUUAUGCUGUUGGGGUUUAUAUCCUUGCUCUUAACAGUAGGACAAAGUCCAAUUUCGAAUAUAUGUAUAUCAGAAAAAAUUGGAGCUACAUGGCAUCCGUGCAAAAAGAAGCAAGAGGAUAAAUUGAACACUAAAGAUGACAGCCAAGAUGGAGAAGACAAUCGCCGGAAACUUCUCAUGAUAACCAACUCCGGUGAAGGUCUCCGACGCUUUUUGGCUGGCGGGGGAGGGGAAACUGACAAAUGCGCAGUCAAGGGUAAAGUGCCAUUUGUGUCUUCCACUGGUAUUAAUCAGUUACAUAUCUUCAUCUUCGUGUUGGCUGUUUUUCACGUCCUCUACUGUAUCCUCACCAUGGCUUUGGGGACAGCCAAGAUGAGUAGUUGGAAGAGAUGGGAAAAGGAAACAAGAACAGCCGAGUACCAGUUCUCACACGAUCCAGAAAGGUUCAGGUUUGCAAGGGAAACAUCAUUUGGAAGAAGGCACUUGAGCUUCUGGAGCAAAACACCUGUGCUUAUAUGGAUUGUUUGUUUCUUCAGACAAUUUGUGAGAUCCGUCCCAAAGGUUGAUUACUUGACAUUGCGACAUGGUUUUAUCAUGGCACAUUUGGCACCUCAGACCCACUCAAAAUUUGACUUCCAAAAGUAUAUCAAUAGAUCACUGGAGGAGGAUUUCAAGGUGGUCGUGGGAAUCAGUCCACCUAUCUGGUUCUUCGCGGUUAUAUUCUUACUCUUCAACACACAUGGUUGGUAUUCCUAUCUAUGGCUACCAUUUAUCCCAUUGAUUAUCAUCCUGUUGGUAGGGACCAAGUUACAGGUGAUCAUAACCAAGAUGGGGCUAAGAAUUCAGGACAGAGCUGAAGUGGUAAAGGGUGUACCAGUUGUUCAGCCUGGUGAUGACCUCUUCUGGUUUAACCGUCCACGCCUCAUUCUCUAUCUCAUAAACUUUGUCCUCUUUCAGAAUGCCUUCCAGCUCGCCUUCUUUGUAUGGACUUGGUAUGAAUUCGGUUUCAGGUCUUGUUUCCACGAGCACUUGGAAGAUAUCAUCAUCAGAAUCUCAAUGGGGGUUCUCAUUCAGAUUCUGUGCAGCUAUGUCACUCUCCCUCUUUAUGCCCUUGUUACGCAGAUGGGUUCAACAAUGAAACCAACCAUAUUCAAUGAAAGAGUAGCCACAGCACUGAGGAACUGGCACCACACAGCAAAGAAGCACAUCAAAAAAAACAAGCAUUCCGGCCUUGCUACCCCAAUGUCAAGCAGGCCUGCAACACCAUCCCAUGGCUUGUCCCCGCUUCACCUGCUCCGCCACUACAAGAGCGACGUGGACAGUUUUCACACCUCUCCAAGAAGAUCGAAUUAUGAUUUUGAGCAUUGGGAUGCGGAAGGGUCACCGUCGCCUACACACCUCCAGCAGGGCGGCGAUGGAUCCUCCUCCCACCACCCCUACUACCAGGGUAAUAGCUCCUUGUCCCACCACCACCACCACCAAAUUGAACUUGGUAAUGUAGAACAUGAGAGAGAUGAGGCCCAGGAGCCAAGCUCGGCCCAACUGGCUCCGCUUCCCGAAAGAAAUCGAGAGCAGCACGAGAUCAAAAUCAGAGGACCAAAUGACUUUUCAUUUGCUAAAAGAGAAACAACACAUAAUUAAGCAAAGGACCAUGUUGGCCUACCGACGAUGAACACAAGUACAUUAUGAGGAUAGUUACACCAGAUUUGGCAAUGGAAUCCAGGGUUUUGGCUGCAGCUUGUUAAAAUACAGAUCGUGAUCACUUUUCCUUUGGAAAAAUUGGUUGCCGACACUCGCCGACCUCGUGGUGGCGGUAGCCUCAGUGCACUAAACCGCCUCUUUUUUUUUUCUCUCAUAGAUAACUUUUUUCUAUUGUUUUACUGCAUGGACUUGGUACAAAAGCAUUAUAAAUUUCUGUAAAUUAAGAGCCAGCUGCAAUCACUGCAACUUGUACUUUGUACAUGAUUGUGAUGCUGGAAUUGAAAGUUUGAUUCUUU